CCCGAUUCUCCUUCUCCAAUACAAAAUCGACACCGCAUUGUACCAAACCCAAACCUCGUUCAUCUCUCUUUCACCCCUUUUAUUAUUUCCAUAAUUUUCCAUUAUCCUUUUACUUUUCUUCACCAUGGAAGAAACUAUCUUCACUUUCGAAUCGUCUUAGCACACCACAAAAAUAGAAAGAUACCAUGCUAUUAUAUACGCGAAUUCCUCACUCACACCACCCACUUUCUCUUCUCCUUUAAUCCUUUUUUUAUCUUCUUUUAUCUUCUCUUAGUUUGAAGAUGGGAAGAGGAAGGGUUCAGCUGAAGCAGAUCGAGAACAAAAUCAGUCGCCAAGUCACCUUCUCCAAAAGGAGAACCGGUUUGCGCAAGAAAGCUCAUGAAAUCUCUGUGCUCUGUGAUGCUCAAGUCGCACUGAUUGUCUUCAAUGCCAAAGGGAAACUCUUUGAGUAUUCUUCUGAAUCCAGUAUGGAAAAUGUCCUUGAACGAUAUGAGAGACACGCCCACAUAGGGCAACUUGUUGAAGAUGGUGAUGAAUCACAGGGCAACUGGUCCUUGCAAUGCUUCAAGCUCACCGGAAAAGUUGAAGUCUUAGAGAAAAACUUAAGGAACUUUGUUGGACAAGAUCUGGAUCCCUUGAGCUUGAGAGAGCUUCAGAGUUUGGAGCAUCAGCUUGACACAGCUAUAAAGCGCAUCCGAACUAGAAAGAACCAAGUGAUGAAUGAAUCGAUCUCAGAUCUGCAGAAAAAGGCAAAGCAACUGCAGGAGCAAAAUGGGACGCUUACAAAGAAGAUUAAGGACAAAGGAAAGGCAGUGGCUGAACGUUCACAACAAUGUCCUCCACAACUACAACUACAUCAUAGACUUAUUCCUUCUUUAACACCUGCUGAGAAUUCAGAAGCAGUAGGAGCAGUGGAGGAAAUGGAUGAAGGAGGAGCAGUUCCUAGUACGACAACUCUGAUACCAUCAUGGAUGCUGCAUCAGUUUGCGAGAUGAAGCAGCGUGGCAGUGUUAUGUUUGUGACAUGUGAUGAAUAUUAAAAGCAUAAGCUUAUAUAUAUAUGUAUGUGUCAAAAACAUAAAGUAUAAUGGUAUAGCCAUCCAUGCGUGAUAUAAGUUGAUAACUGCUCAUUCUUGUA